GUCCAUUUUGUCCAGUGUGGGUACCCGUAGGGUUAAUGAAAAGACGGAACUCUUGAUAUCAAUUACGCAGAGGAAAUAGGGUCUGAAUGAAUCGUUCUCUCCCUCCCUCUCUGCCCUCCCGCCCCCGUCUCGCGCUCUCCUGGCCGGGCCAUCUUUAGAUAUGUUUUCUCGUUCCCAGGAUCGCGUUAUGCGUUACCGUGUAACGGUAGGUCAGGGUAGAGUGCAUGCAUAAUAAGCCUAGAUAUCUUAACCCCUUUGCCGACGUGAAUCUGGGGAAUAAAUGUAAACAAAUAAUCUAGACGCUAGAACAACGCAAAACAAAGUUCAAUCGUAAUAGCAACAACAGCCUAUUUUAAUUAUUGCUGCAAUUAUUAUUAUUAUUAUUAUUAUUAUUAUGCCAAAUUGCAAAAGUCCUUUAAAUUCAUCCCUGCCCGAAGUCCUGCAAUUUGUGUGUCGCUCAACUGCGUUUAAUUUUGGUUUAGUUCAUAACUCCUCGCUUGCGCUUACUUUAUUUAAAGUUCUGAAUAGUCCUUAAAAGCAAAAGACAAAUAAACAAAUAAAUAAAUAAAUAUUAUGAGGUUAUUACCAAAGCGGUAGUUUAUUCCUGGAGUUACUUCCUGGAGUUCACCUCAGCCACGCUUGUUCGUAUCUGCCUAUGAUCUCAGCCUUGUUUUCCAUCUUUGGAGAUCAUUCUCGGCCACGACCGAGGGGCGUGUAUUUGUAAAUAAUACAUCUUUCUUUCUCUGUGGUUGGGACUUACGAGUUGUCACGUUUUCUGUCGGGGAAAAACAAAUCUAUGGUUUCAACGUCCAUUGUAGUAGCCUGUGUAUCACAAUAUAUUUUUCAAAGCGCGGUUGGACCGAAAUACAAUAAUACUGUCGUGGUUAUUUAAAAUAGCAAAUAGCGUUAUCGCGCACUGACAGCUAUAGGACACGUUCGCUCAACGAAUCCGUUCGUAUUUCCCCGAACAACAUGGUCGGAUGGGUGCUGGAGGACGCUGUUUUGUAGCUACAAUUUCUUUUGCUUUUUAAUAUGAAAUUUACGUAGUGACACAGGACCUGCACUUCUUUCUUUUUUUGAACGGAGUUGCCGAAUAAGAAACGGGAAAUGAAGAACAGCGCGCGUGGUGUCAUCCUGGCUCUCUGGUUAAUUGUGGAGUGCGUUGAUGCCAAGAAGUACUGCUGGUAUUUUGAGGGAGGCUACCCCAUCUAUUUUAUAUGCCGGUCUUACGAGGACUGCUGUGGAACCCGGUGCUGCGUCAGGGCCCUCUCCGUCCAGAGGCUAUGGUACUUCUGGCUGCUGCUGAUGAUGGGGGUGCUGCUCUGCUGCGGGGCCGGCUUCUUCAUCCGGAGACGCAUGUACCCCUCUUCCCUCAGCGAGGAGCCCUCCUUUAACGUGUCCUUCACUCGACAUCCCUGUGUCACGCAAGAGACCUCCCUGCUCCACGCAGCUCAUGUUCGUACCCCCACCAUAUCCACGUGUAUUCCUCUCCUCUGUAAACCCGCAAGACAAGGCAUUAAUAUUUCAUCCGAUGGCAGAACUUUUAAUCCGUGCGUACGCGGUGUGCGGAAGGCCGCAGGACGUGAGCGCUCCACAGCUCCUGUGAGAGCGGGAUCUGCAAUCUUCUGUUCAGGCCUGUCCAGAUUCUGUUUGUCGGGAUACAGUUUGGUAAUUAAAAUGAGUGAGGAAAAUGCAGAUGCUGGCUGUCUCUCUCUCUCUCUCUCUCUCUCUCCUUCUCCCGCUCACUCGCUCACACACACACAUACACACACAGACAUGUACACUCACUUGCUCAUUCACACACACUCACACACUCCCACUCUCUCUCACACACACAUACACACACACACAGAAACUCUACAUGUUCACUGCAAGCUGCACUGCACAUCCACAGUAAACACAGAGCUCUCUGAUUCAGCAGCUCUGUCCCUCUCUGUACAUCAGCUCUCCGACUGUAAAUCAGCUGUGACUUAUCUCUCCAGCAGUUCCACUGUUUACCCAGUCUACUCUGCAAACACACACACAGGACGGGCACUGGGGGUUUUUGGGAGAGUGCGCUCCACACACAGGACGGGCGCUGGGGGUUUUUUGGGGGGACUAAGAUAUGAGCUCUCUUGGUUUCCAAAAUCUUUUCAAUUUGAUUUGUCACUCAGAAGUCUCCAGAUAUUUUCCUGUCCAAAUAAAACACUUGCUCUUGUGAAGCGGUUUACUAUGUUGGCCAAUCUAAAAUUCUGGCUAAUCUAAUCUGUGGAAUUAUAUUUCUUCUAUUUAUACUUGAAAUGAAUGGCUGCCAGGAAGUCAGUUGCCAUUACAAAGCAGGUUUCUUCUAUACUGUAAAUGCUUUGACUGUUAAAAGCAACGAUCUUCUUGUAUGUCUAAAAACAAGCUCAAAGCUGCAAGCACGUAGCCCGCAAUUUUUCUUGGUCAAAGUCGGCGCUGAACGAAAAAGAUAAUGAGCUUUAAAGUGCUGAACGGGGUUAAUGAUAGGGGUAGCCCACCUAC